AAUGCUCAAGUUUGUUGGAGAUAGUUCCCUGUUGUACCACUAGAUGGUAAUCACUAAAUUUACCGACGAUACUGACAUUGCAGUACAUUAUAAAUAAUCUUAAUUUGAUUGCAAAUUCAAUUAAGAAAACGUUUCUCGACUUUUAACUUUUGCAACGAGCUUUUAAAUAAACUGGUUGCGACAGAAUUAUCUUUUUGUAAACUUGGGAGGUUUGUGGUUGAUGGCGUCACGUCCUGUUUACAGAACUGGGUUCUAAUAUUUUUUUAAAAACAAAGCAUCAGCUCAAUUUUGUACGUAACGUAAAAUUACGGAUAUAUAAUAAAAAAGUUAUGGGGUGUGAAUAAAUAUUAGAAUUGCAUACGUGGCGCCAUCUAGCAGUACAAGUAAGAAUUAUUUCACGCCAAACUUCAACGUUUUCCCACCGAUGGCGCUGUGUAAAGAUCAAAAAGGUUUUUCUCAUCGCUAAAUAUUGACGCCAUUUGUAUAUAAUUCGAAACUUGAAUCCUAGAUUGGCCUAGAAGCUUGUUCUUCAAAUUUAAAUGUCUCACGCUUAUUUGUAGCAUUAAUUUAGGUAUGACUUUUGAAAAAUGAGAUUGUAAUUCAAUGUUUUCGUAUUAGGCAGUACAGAGCAUGAGUGAAUCAGAUUCAAGCAAUUGAGAUUAUAUAUAUAUAUAUAUCGAAUGCAUAUAAACAAAUAAAGUAUAGAUUGCAAUUGUUAAAUGUGUACAUGUAGAUGUCACGUAUGAAACUUCCGUAGUUCUAAGAAAUGAAUGCUAUAGUUUAGCAAUGCUUAAAAUUACGGUAUACGGAACUAUACGAAAAUGUAACAAAGUAAAAUUUGUUGUAAUCCUUUUUUAAAUACAGGAACAAUUAGAAAUACAUUUACGAAAAAACAGAGUUAAUUAUGGUUUUAUAUAGCGAUGCAGCACCGUGCACUACAAAAUAUGAAUUUAAGAAUGUUUUGAAGAAAAGCAUUUUAUGUAAGGUAGAAGAUGAUCUUGACCUUGAUGAAAAAAUAUCUAUUUUAUUUUUAAUAGCAGACAAUUAUGAAUGUGCUUUUAAAGAAAUAUAUGAUUUAUUGCAAAAGCAUAAGACACAAAAUUCAUAUAUACUCUCAGAAUUUAUAGAUAGGCAUCCAAAUAAUUGGGAAAAUAAAUUAUUGGAAGCAAUAUGUGUUAUACAAAAUCGUCAGAUUGUACGUAAACUGGGAGUGCCAUUUGAAAAGAUGGACAUACUUUAUUGCCCAAGAAAUAGAUCAUGCUCACGGUACUUAAAAAGAGUUGUAAAAUGUUUGUAUUUAUUAUGUGAAGAACUUUCUAAAGACGAAACAGAAUCAUUAGUGCAAUAUUUUAGAUCUCAUUUCCCUAAAUAUGAGGAAACUCUUAAAGAUAGUGAAUAUCUUGAAUUGCAUAUGUUGUAUUGGUUGGAACAGAAAUAUAUUUCAAUUGAUUUAGAUGGCAAAGUAAAUCUUGAAAACUUACUUAGAUAUCUGAAAAGGUAUGAUGAUCUAGAAAUAAUUUAUAAUGAUCUUAAGAAACAUGAAAAUCAUCAAAAUGUGUUGGACACACAGAAUGCAAAUUCUCUAAAUACAUUUCAGUUACAAACAUUUUCCAAAUGUGAAGGGACACAGAUCCCAUUGAAUGUUGAUGAUAUUAAAAAAAUAAAAAAGGGACUAUGCAUCAUUAUAAGUCAAAUGUUCUUCAUAGGUGAAAAGUUUGAAACUCGAUUUGGAACUGUAGCUGAUUGUAGAAAGUUAUCUGAGACUUUUAGUGGUUUUGGUUUCAAAGUUGAAAUAUUCAAAAAUUUAAAAAAAGAUGAAAUGCUUAAAAAAUUGGAAAACAUACCAAAAGAAUUCGGUACUGAUUAUGAUUGCAUAUUUUUAUGCAUUUUAAGUCAUGGAUGUAAAGGAUGCAUCAUUAGUUCUGAUGUGGAGAAAAUCACCAUUGAACAAAUUGAGUAUAAAAUUUGUUGCACAGAAUUGAAAGAUGUUAAUAAAAUCGUUAUUGUACAAGCUUGUCAGGGACAAGCAAAAGGACAAAUAAAUGAUAAUUUAGCUGUAGAUGGUCCUGAUCAUGACAUUGUUCCAGAUAUUUUAGCAUAUCAAAAUUUUUGUGUAUUCAUGUCAACAUUGCAAGGUUUUGUAUCUGUACGCCACAAAGCAGAAGGAUCAUGGUUUAUACAAGAGUUUUGUAAUGUUUUACAAAAUGGAGGAUCCAAAAUGACGUUUUUGUGUGCUGUCAGAAAAAUAAUACAAUCUGUGAAGCAAAAGAGGGGAAAUUUAAAUGGACAAAGUUCCAUUUCCCAGUUGCCCGAGUUACGUUCUUAUAGACUCCUAACAGAUCUUCUGUUACCGGAAUAUCGAACGCAACGGGUAAACUAGUGAUAUCAGAAAUUUUAACAUCGUCUAUAAAUGUGUUAUACGAGUUUACUGCAAUAAUGGCUGUUAUCGAGAUAUGUUCAUUUUAUAAAAUAUUUGAUAACAAAUCUUUACAUGUAGCGAUGAUAAAGUAUUAUUGUUCGAGCUAUUCUUGAUGGCAUUAGCGACACACUAUUAGUAAAGUUAAAAACAUCAUUUUUUUUAUAAAUUAUAUAUUUUAUAACUUAUAUAUUUUAUAACUUAUAUAU